AUGAAUGAUUCUCGUGCUAGCACGGUGCCGCAACGUUCAAGUCGCCCCCAAUCCCAACCAUCACCUACUCGUAGUACCGCAGGUCGUCGUGGUACGGAUGAACGACCAGAUAGCAUAGAACUCCCCCACACAAACAAGAGGAAACCCCUAUCCGACGCCAAAUCCACAACGGACUCCAGUGUAGAGGCCUGCUCGUCUACUCGGGAUCCUAGUAAACCACAAACUUCACCCACUCGACGCCCUCACCUUCCACCUCAAGAUGCACAAGUUGAAAGCUCUCAAGAUGAGGCAUGGAGGGUCCAAGAGGCUCGCAUCGCCCUCUUGAACGGUGGCCAUCACUGCUGUUAUACAAUACCACUGGAGCAGAUGAUGAAUGCACUGUUUCCAAGGAAAGAUGAGCGGAAAACUGAGGAAUUAUGUGAGUUGUUGAAGGAUAAGGGCAAGUACCUCAAGCGAGGUAGAUCCGUCCCCGAAGAGCAAGUGUUCAAGUCCUUCGGGGAGUUGAAUGAGGAAAUCACAGAGUGUUUUGAAGAACUUCGGAAGUCGAAUCCCUACCUUCCUCAAUGUUCCGCCGAGCUCUAUGUCUGCGACGAUCCGUCACGAAACACUGACAGACAAAAGCAUUCUAGGCCAGAUGCGGGAAUCACUGAGACUGUAGAAGUCGGUGAUUUUCACAUAGUUUUUCACCUACCUUCAGCCGGACUUUCACAUAGCCUUAUUAGUGAAAAUAGGUAA